AUGCAUUCGUCCCCCCCCCCCCAUCUCACCCCUCUCCCUCCACACAUGACUGGCAGGCAAGGGGCGGAUGUGAGGGGGUACAUGGCAUGGUCGUGGAUGGACAACUUCGAGUGGCAGAUGGGGUACUCACGCCGCUUCGGCCUCGUGCAUGUGGACCGCAACACCAAUAUACUGAAGAGAACACCCAAGGCGUCUGCUCUUUGGUGGCAGAGGCUUCUAUCGGGGAUGGCUGUGUAUCAGCCAUGA